CAGUGUGCGGAUGAGAAAGACGCAAAUGUGAAGUGGGAAGAAUUAGGAUUCGGGUUUUAUCGUACGGACAACAUGUAUGUUGCCAAGUGCAAGCAUGGAGAGAGUUUCCAAGAGGGAAGUAUUGUUCCUUACGCUGAUUUUCAGAUCAGCCCUUGCUCUGCAGUUCUUAAUUAUGGCCAGGGUUUAUAUGAAGGGCUGAAGGCUUACAGGACAGAAGAUGGCCGGAUUAUGCUAUUCCGACCAGACCAAAACGCCCUUCGUCUUCAAUCAGGAGCCCACAGAAUUUGUAUGCCAUAUCCCUCCGUCGAUCAAUUCGUCUCCGCUGUUAAACAAGUUGUUCUUGCCAAUAAGAAAUGGGUAUGUAUAAAGCUUGAGUAAAAAAAGGUUCUAAAA